UGAACGCUUCCGGGUUGGGCGGCGGUGGCUCCGGCAGCGGUAUCGGUACCAGCUAUGUCUUGUAGUUUGGUUCCUUUCGGCCACUUCCAGGACUUGGAGGCGGCUGCCGACUUCCUGUGCCCGCAGCGCCGCCGGGGCAACGCGGCGGCCGGCAAGGAGAGCGCAGGGAAAUCAGCAAACUGGGAAGAUGGUGGCUGGGGAGCGUGGGACGAAGCUGAGUUACCAGAACCUGAAGAAGAGGAAUCUAUUUCAAAGAACCAGAGAAAUUACUGGCUUCAGGACUGUGUGUUGUCCUUAUCACCAACAAAUGACCUGAUGGUAAUAGCUAAUGAGCAGAAAGCAGUCUUUUUAGUGCCUAAAUGGAAGCACAGUGACAAGGGAAAAGAGGAAAUGCAAUAUGCUGUUGGCUGGAGUGGCUCUCUGAAUGUUGAAGAAGGUGAAUGUGUGAGUAGUGUAUUGUGUAUCCCAUUGGCAAGUCAGAAGAGGAGUUCCACAGGCCGUCCUGACUGGACCUGCAUUGUCGUUGGCUUCACUUCUGGUUACGUUCGUUUUUACACUGAGAGUGGAGUGCUGCUUCUUGCACAGCUUUUAAAUGAAGAUCCUGUCCUACAGCUUAAGUGCAGAACCUAUGAAAUUCCCAGGCAUCCUGGUGUCACAGAACAGAAUGAAGAACUAAGUAUCUUGUACCCAGCAGCAAUUGUGACAAUUGAUGGUUUCAGCCUCUUUCAGUCCCUUCGUGCAUGUCGCAACCAGGUAGCAAGAGCUGCAGCAUCUGGCAAUGAGAAUGUUCAGCCUCCACCAUUAGCUUAUAAGAAAUGGGGUUUGCAAGAUGUGGAUACAAUUGUUGACCAUGCUAGUAUUGGCAUCAUGACACUGUCUCCUUUUGAUCAAAUGAAGACUGCUUCCAAUAUAGGUGGAUAUAAUGCAGCUAUAAAAAACAACCCACCUGCUAUGUCUCAGUACGUUACUGUUGGAUCCAAUCCUUUCACUGGUUUCUUUUUUGCCCUGGAGGGUAGCUCACAGCCACUGUUGUCUCAUGUUGCCUUAGCAGUUGCAAGUAAACUGACUUCAGCAUUAUUUAAUGCUGCCAGUGGCUGGCUUGGUUGGAAGAGUAAACAUGAGGAGGAAGCUGCCCAAAAACAGAAACCAAAAGUUGAACCUGCAACACCAUUGGCAGUAAGGUUUGGACUUCCAGAUUCCCGUCGCCAUGGUGAAAGGAUAUGUCUUUCUCCAUGUAACACUUUGGCAGCAGUAACAGAUGAUUUUGGAAGGGUUAUUUUACUGGAUGUUACAAGAGGACUUGCAGUUCGCAUGUGGAAAGGAUACCGUGAUGCAGAAGUUGGUUGGAUACAGACUGUAGAGGACCUUCAUGACAGAGAAACUGAGAAGGUCGAUUUCUCUCCUUAUGGAAAUGCACAAGGUCCAAGCAGGGUGGCUCAGUUCCUUGUGAUCUAUGCUCCGAGGAGAGGCAUUCUGGAAGUGUGGAGCACACAGCAAGGGCCUCGGGUUGGAGCCUUCAAUGUGGGAAAAUACUGUAGGUUGUUGUAUCCUGGUUAUAAAAUAAUGGGUUUAAACAAUGUGACCAGUCAGGGAUGGCAGCCUCAGACUUAUCAGAUAUGCCUUGUUGAUCCAGUCUCUGGAAGUGUGAAAACUGUCCAUGUACCUUUCCACUUAGCACUGAGUGACAAAAAGAGUGAGCGAGCAAAGGAUAUGCAUCUAGUGAAGAAGUUAAAUGCUUUACUCAAAGCGAAAACCUCAGAUCCAGAUUUGAUUGAAGCUGAAGCAAAGGAAUUAAUACUGGAUAUCAAAUACCCUGCUACAAAGAAACAGGCUCUGGAAAGUAUACUGACAAGUGAACGUGUGCCGCUUUCAUCUCUCACAAACAUCACUCAGACAUUAAUGGAUAAUUUGAAAAAACAGGAGCUUGAGUGUGUGGAUGAAGGACUACUGCAGUUCUGUGCGAACAAGUUAAAGCUGUUACAUCUUUAUGAACUAGUUAGCAAACUGAAUACCCAAAGCAUACAGAAAGACACUCCACCUUUAGAUAAUGACUUGGCCAAACUGCUUCAGAUGGAAGAAGAAGAAUUUCAUAGGCUCCAAACCUUACUGGAGAACUACAAGAAAGAAAAUGCUCAAACUACUGCUCAGUUGGCUGAUGAGAAGUAUGAUGUGUUGUCCGUGAAAAUGUUCUUAGAAUAUUUGGAAUACGAGAAGGAUGUGAUUAAUGUGAAAAAUAUGGAAGAUGGAGAAUAUGUGGCUUUAGGCAGCUUUUUCUUCUGGAACUGUUUGUGUGGGAAGAGUUCCACAGAGGAAAUGUGUCAUGCAUUGGAAUCAGCAGGUUUUAGCCCUCAAAUCUUGUUGUCACUCCUUCUCAAUUUAUGGCUCUAUAAGGAAAAAGAUAUUCUAGACAAGCCGGAUUCUGUCAGUUGCCUUCACACUAUGCUGUCACUUCUGAGCAAAAUGAAAGUUGCUAUAGAUGAGUCGUGGGACACUCAGUCGGUUUCCCCCUGGUGGCAGCAGAUGCGUACAGCAUGUAUUCAGUCUGAAAAUAAUGCAGCUGCCUUGUUAUCUGCUCAUGUUGGACAUUCUGUAACUGCACAGAUAAUUGACAGCGUGACAGAGAAAAAGUUUUCCCAAAUAACUGUAGGUUCAGACACAGAAUCCUGGGAAGCGCUUUCCCUUGAUACUGAAUAUUGGAAACUUUUGCUGAAACAGUUAGAGGAUUGUCUGAUACUUCAAACACUGCUGCAUAGCAAAGUGAGCAAAAGGACAAAAAGAGUUUCAUCGCUCCAGACUGAGCCUUUGGGCAGGCUUUCUGUAAAGAAAUUGCUUGAAUCUGGAAAAGGAGGUAUUGCUGACAUUGUAGCAAAAUGGGUUUUUAAGCAAGGCUUCAGUCCUCUUGUACUGAAUUUGGCCCAACACAGAAAUAAUACAUAUAGUACUGAAGAACCUGUGGAAACGCAUAAUAAUAUCUUUCUUGAGGAAUCGGAAGCAGAUGCAGGCUUGGAAACAAUCCUAGAGCUGCUGCAACUAGCGUAUCAGCAGUUUCCAUGUAGUCUUGAAGUGGAUGUCCUCCAUGCACAUUGCUGUUGGGAAUAUGUAGUGCAGUGGAAUAAGGACCCAGAGGAAGCAUGUUUUCUCAUUAGGUCUAUUGAUCAUCUAAGAUGUAUCGUUAAUGCUCACGUUCAGCACGGUAUCGCUCUGAUGAUGUGGAAUACAUUCAUAGUAAAAAGGCUUUCUUCUGCUACCUAUCUAAUGGACAAGGUUGGAAAAGCUCCAAAGGAUAGAUUGUGCAGAAGGGAUGUAGGUAUGGGUGACACAGCAAUGACAGCUUUUCUUGGCUGCUGUUCAGAUCUUCUGCAAACAUUGCUAGAGGCUGAUGUUUGUAGUGACGAGAUGCAGGCUCCUGUCUUAGAUACUGAAGACGCUUGGAUGUCGGUAGAAGGACCAGUAUCAAUAGUAGAACUGGCCCUUGAGCAGAAACGCAUUCACUACCCACUUGUGGAACACCAGUUUGUGUUAUGCACUAUCUUGUAUGCCAUCAUGAGAUUUUCUCUGAAGAGUGUGAAGCCCCUUUCGCUGUUUGAUAGCAAGGGAAAAAAUGCGUUUUUCAAAGACCUUACUUCAAUUCAGCUGCUACCCAGUGGAGAUAUGGAUCCAAAUGUGUUAUCCGUACGACAACAAUUCUUGGUCAAAGUUGUGAACGCAGCAGUUGAAGCACUGUGUUCAUCACAAAAGGCCAAAGAAGUCUCAGAAGAGGAAUUGUUUCCUUUUGAAAAGGGGAAGAAUUGGCCAGCUUUGGCUGCAGACCUGGCUCAGUAUCUCCAAAUCUCUGAGGACAUGGUCAAAAGGCACUAUGUCUGUGAACUGUACAGUUACGGUCUGGAUCAUCUUGGUGAAGAGGCCUUUCUUCAGGUGGCAGACAAAGAAGUGCUCGCAUCACAGCUGCUCAUACUGGCUGGGCAGAGACUGGCCUUCGCUUUACUGCAUGUGCAGACAGCGGAGGGUAUGGAACUCCUUGCUAGGCUUCCUCCCACACUGUGUACUUGGCUCAAAGCUAUGGACCCCCAAGAACUUCAAAAUGUAGAUGUGCCAAUUGCAACAACAGCUAAACUGGUCAACAAAGUUAUUGAGCACUUACCAGAGAACCACGGGCAGUACAGCCUUGCCUUGAACCUGAUAGAGGCUGUAGAAGCCAUCUCAUCAUGACAUUCUUGGUUAGCACAGCUCUGUGACCUAGUGGUAUAAUGCAUGACUUUAUACAACGAGGCUGAGCUUUACAGAAAGAAACUUUCAUGUGGCUCUUGUUAAAUGACAAAAACAACAAUGCUCUCCACCCCAGAAUUUCAGGUGAUUUUAAAUUGAGUAUGUUUUAAAUUCUGCACUAGUACAAAGAUGUUUAGUUUCUAGUACACUUGUAUCUGAAAUGCUUUAUUUAUUUCUGACUUGAGCGCUUUUUGUGGUAGUCUACAUUGGAUAUACUUGACAGCAGUUUUACUCUAUUUACAAAAUCACAUCUGUUAAAUUCUGCAUUUCUUGCUGGCAAUAACUGCUGCAGUUUCAGUGUUCCAUGUAGGAUUUGUUUUCCAAAACAAGCUGUAGAAUUACAUCUGAGAAAAACUUCAGUCUCUGAAGUUACCAUGUAAAACCAGUACUGUUUUUUUAGAAGCUAGAGCUGGUUUGGGGCUCAUGCCUUUUAACUGCAUUAUACAUGACAAAGAGUGACUGUGCUAGACACAGGAUGAAACGUGCUGGGGCCUUAUGCAGAAGGGAGAACAGCGCACAGUGGAAAUGGCUUGAAAAAGAGAAGCCAGUUCUCCAGACAGAUUUGGACUUAUCUUUUAGUCCUAGCGUGCUGGGCUUCGGCUAAAAUUAGAUUUACAUCCCUCUCCUUCAUUAUUACGCUUUGCUGAGGUUAAGUAGGUCAAGGAAUGUCUUACUGCAACACUGUUCCCUCAUCUUAUCAUUGUAGGAGUUGUAGUAUGCUAUAAAUCUCUACACAUGUUAACUUGUAGUCAAAAAACUGCUUAGAUAGUUGACCCAACUUCAUCAAAGAUCUAUGUAGUACCGAGUACUUAGCCUUAAAAAAAACCACUUUUAUUUACAGUACCUACAGGGAAUCAUAUAUUUAAUAUCUUCACUGUCAGAGUGGUAUUAAACAUGAUUAUCUGCAUCAGUGAGUACUGCUAACUUUCUACCUAAAGGAAACGAGGAAAUAAAAAUGAAAUUGGUGUUAACUGUUUUCAUCAGCUGAAACUACUAGCUUCAUCUUGUAACCCACUCCUCUUGCAGUGUAUGUAAGAAACAUUCAUAGCAGUCUGCUUUGCUGGAGAGAGCAUUUGGUCUUAUCUUUUUGACGUACAUGCUGCUGUCAUCUACAGGUUAGAUUCCCCCUAAGAACAGGUUACGUUGGGGGUCAUGUUCUACGCAGCCUCCUUCACCAGAUCGCUGCAUUUUAACAUAGCUGAUCAAGGCUUGAAAAAUUUUGAUAUCAAAUAUUUGACUUCCUACAGUGGUAGGAGAUCACAGAAUAGAGAACAGUGAGAAUUCCACUAAGAAUAACUUGCUGGCCCCAGUCUAUACUGACUUCCAUAACUGAUAUUUAAACAGCUGUUAGGGAAAAAUGGAAAAAAACCAGGAUUGUACAAGUGAGUUCACCACUUUGCCUGACAGCACUUCAAACUUCUGUAGAAAUGAGUAUGCUAGAGAUUUGGUCAUCAUGGAACCUGAGGAAAAACCAGAAAUGUUUCUUGGUCACAUUACAUUCCUGUAUCCUGGUACAGCUGUGUAAAGGAUUUUACAUAACCGAGUAUCAUGUCAGAGCUGACACACUACACCAAUCAAAUCUGUAAUGUAUUGUAAGUAAUACUCUGUAUAUAGUGCUAUUUUGUGUCAAAUUUGCUGUGGAUUUGUGUAAAUUGAUUAAAUAAAAUUUGAGGUUUCACUGUGUCUUUUCCUUGUUUUUAGGGAAUGAUGGUCACCAUGUCUUCUGUUGUGUAUUCCAAGAGGAGUAGCCCCUACAGUGUAGAGAGGACUGGUUCUCUGGGGUUCCCA